AUGCAAUUAAGACGUCUCCGACGAUCUGACUUCACCCAGCAGAAGAAGCGUCCUGCAGAGGACCUCGAUGACGGGUAUGGCGACGCCUCCCCGGCCAAGUCCGCGAGGAACGGACCGGGACCGGGCUCCAACCCUCCGCCCUCGCAGCAGCAACAGCAGCAGCAACAACAAGAGUCCCUCACCAAGUUCUCGGUGGAGAUCGUCCAGCAGCUCGAGUUCUCCACGGCGUCCGCGCAGCCUCAGCAGAUCUCCACGAACGUGACGGUGAAGACGCUCACCAACACCUCGUGCGCCGCCGCCCUGGAGAAGGACGCGCAGGCCAACGGCGUCACGGCCUUCCCGACGCUCGGCGACCUCAUGGGGGACGACACUGGCGACGAGAUCAUCACGUCCGACGCCUUCAAGGACCUCAUCUCGGAGAUCGGCGACUCCCACUUCGACUUUAUGAGGGACUUCGACCUGGACGACAACAAGCACGGCAUCCUGCCCAAGCUGGAGGACAACACCCCGCCGCAGCAGCAGCAACAGCCACAACAGCCGGAUAAUAAGAUGCUACCAGGCACCCAGGGGCACGGCCAGCCGCACCCCCAGGGCCGCGGGGGGUUGUUCCCCGGGCUGAACGACCUCAGCCCCGCGGCGCAGACCCUCAAGCAGAUGGCCGAGCAGCACCAGCACAAGUACCAGGCGCCGGGCCCCGGACCCGUCGGCGGCUACGGCGUCCCUCCGGGCGUCCCUCCGGGGGUGGGUCCCGCCGGGAUGGGCGCCAUGGGUACCAUGGGCCCCAUGCCGGGAAUGCGCCAGCACCCGUCCCAGUACGCCGAGUACCCCUUCCAGGGUGGGCCGGGCCCGUUCCAAGGUCCUGGAGGACCCCAACAGGGCGGUCCUGUGGGCCAGCAGGGUUACCCCGGGCCGCAGAAGGUGUUCCGGCCGCAGUGGCGCGGCCAGGGCGUCCCCCGACCAGGCCCGGGACAAGGGCCUCAAGGCCAGGGGCCGCCGGGAGGACCUGGUGGCCCCGGUGGUCCUGGAGGUCCUGGAGGUCCUGGAGGCCCGGGCGGACCAGGGGAGCCGCAGUUCGGGCCGAGGCCGGGGCAGCCGGGGCCGCAGGGCCCAGGCCUGCAGAUCUCCGCAGCGCAGCAGAUGCAGAUGCAGGUGCAGCAGAACGCGCUCAUCCAGGUGAGAGCAACACUAGAGGACCGAUUGCAUCAGAGCACACACCUCCGUGUUGCGGGUUAG